AUGAUUGAAUAAAAGUCCCUGAAAGGGUUUGGGUUUGGGUUUGUAGAUAAGGCAUAAAUAUAAUUCUUUUGUGGUAAAUGUUUAGUUGAGAAAAUUAAUAACCAUAAAGUGACCACCAUUGAGUAAUCAAAGGAGAGAAUCUAAUAAAUUAAGAUUUAAUAAAAAGAUAUCAAAUCUAAAGAGAAUCAAGCAAGACUCAACUAUUAUAAAAACAUUUUAGAUCAAAUUAUGAAUUUCAAGUAAUCCAUUGAUGAUUCUUUGGAGAAGAUGUAUAAAUAAAUAUAAUAAUAUAUAUUCCCAAUUUAAAAAGAAAAAAAAGAAUUAUAAGAAUGUGAAUCAUAACUAAAUUACUUUGAGGAUAUAAAAUAAUUAUCUGAAUUGUAUUCUUAAGAAUAAUAGAAAUCCCCAAAAUUAAUAGAGGAUAAUCAUUUUGUUAAUGAAAUAUAAAGACAAUUUGAACUUUUAUUUAAUAACUCUGAAUACUUUUCGACGUUAGAUACAAUUAAGAGUACAAAAGAAAAAAUUAAAGACAUUAUGGAAAAUAAUGUAAUUGAAUUAAUUCCUUAAUUUAUAGUCAAAAAUGAUUCGGUAUCUUAUAUAUAAUAUAAAUAGAAAACACCAAGUUUAAGUAGAAUUUGUAGCAAUCAUAAAAAGGAAAUAAUUAUGAUUGAUAUGGACUCUUAAGAGAAAAAAAUUGAAGAUAGAUUUGUAUGUGUUGAUUGCAUUUCUGAGAAUCCAAAUACAAAGUAUUAAACAAUUGAAAAUGUAGAUGCUUGACUAUUAUAAUGAAACUAUUAUUUAUGCAGAUAAAGCCUUGCAAGUUGAUCCAAAACAUUUCAAUUAAUUAUAUACUAAAGGUAAGAUAAUUUUGUAUAUUAUUAAUUUUAUUAAAAAUUAAAAAAUCAUAUGAUAUAAAUAAAUUGAAUGUCACAAUAAGAAAUUUCUUUUCCAUGCCAUUCUAUUUCAAUUUACUUUAAAAAUAAUAUAAAAUGUUAAAUACUAUUAAAUAGUAUUUAAGGUUUAUUAUUGA